AUGGGGAAUUCUCAGGGAAAGCCGGUGGUCUUCACCGAUGCAGUCAACUUGAACCAUUUCCGUCUCCUGCGGGUGGUCGGAAAGGGUGCGUUUGGCAAGGUUCGCAUCGUCGAGCGGAAAGAUACCGGAUUGACGUUUGCUUUGAAAUAUAUUCGCAAGGAAGAAGUGGUACGUUCGGAAAGCGUCCGGAAUAUUAUUCGCGAACGGAGAAUGCUGGAACAUCUCAACCACCCGUUCUUGUGCAAUUUGCGGUAUAGUUUUCAAGAUAUCGAAUACAUUUACAUCAUUGUUGAUCUGAUGAACGGCGGCGAUCUUCGUUUCCAUAUUUCGAGGAAAUGUUUUACGGAGGAAGCAGUGCGGUUCUGGAUGGCCGAAUUGGGUUGUGCCCUGCGCUACAUUCAUUCACAGGGCAUUGUCCACCGUGAUCUGAAGCCCGAUAACAUCCUGCUGGAUUCGGAGGGCCACGUCCAUUUAGCUGACUUUAAUGUCGCCUCCGAUUUCCGACCGAACAAGCCGUUGACAAGCAAGUCCGGAACCUUGGCAUAUCUCGCGCCCGAGGUGUACCUGGGAGGAGGAUAUCUGUCCGAGGUGGACUGGUGGUCGCUCGGAGUGACGUUCUAUGAGUGCAUCUACAACAAGCGACCCUUUGAGGGACGUAGUCAAGACUCCCUGAGUGAAGCCAUCACGAAAGCCCAGCCAAAGUACUACGUCACCAACCCGGCGGUCUCGGUUCCGUGCCUGCGGGCCAUGGGUUCGUUGAUCGAAAAAGAUCGCAGCCAGCGGAUCGGCGCCAUCAGUUUCGAAAGUUUCACCUCGCAUCCCUUCUUUGCGGAACUCGACUUUGAGGCUCUGGAGAGGAAGGAAAUCCCGCCCGUGUUUACCCCUUCGAGUGACAAGACCAACUUUGAUGCUACAUAUGAUUUGGAGGAGCUGCUCUUGGAGGAAGCCCCGUUGGAGGCCCGCGCCCGCAGACAGAAACCCCGUGCAGAGUUGCGGGAGGAUGCCACCGCCAAGGAGAUCCGCGAGGACGAGCUUCAUCGCGUCAUCGAGACCAUGUUCGAGCCCUUUGACUAUACGCUAGUCAGCUACCAAGGGUAUGUUUUUUCAUAUUUCAGCUUGAUUAAAUGCGGCCGAUGCGAUCGCAGCAGCAACGUGCGUGAUAAGCUUCCCAUCCUCCUCCUUGCAUCCACCAUGAACCCUGAAGAUUGCCUCCCUUCAUCUGUCCCCGUACCACCGACACACAGUCGCAACUUUUCGCAUCCUGAAUCGUCCCGGGGCUCCCCACCACCAGCCGAUGGUCCUCUCACUCGCACUUCGCAGCCCGACACCACUAUUCAACCUUUGGGCGAGGCGCUCGAGCCCCAGGAUCCGAAUCUACCGGUUCAUCCGCCUCCGUCUCCGUCUAGUCCGUCAAUGUCACAACCUUCUGUGCCGCCGCCGCCCUCUUUCCACCGGCCGUUCCCGCAGCCCACUUCACAACCCCUGCAGCAGCCCCCGCAGCGACUGAAAAACGCAACCCGCAAGAUGAGUAAAGGAGGUGGCGUGCAGAUGGUUCUUGAGGAGACGGGCAGUUGGAGUGAAUUGGCAGACCAGAGCUCCACCCUGUCGGCCGAAGGCUUUGAUAGCUUGGCCAACAAGGGGAAGAACUCCAACAGCGGCAUGUUGGCGUUCCUCAAUCGGAAAAAGGGUCGCGACAGGAGUCCGAAACCGACCGAGCCGGGUGUCCUGGGCAAAGAAGGCGCCCGGCAGAUUCUCAGCGGGUGA